UCGGGAUUAGAUUUGGAGAUAAUUGUUUAAUUAUCUCAGCCAGUAACAACACUCACUUGCAACAGCCAGGUUUUAAACAGUAGAGGGCAGUCACUAAGCAGACUUCCAUAUAAAGUGUAAAAUUCAAACUCUUUGCACUAUAAAUGUCAAGAUUUGGGCCUGACAACACUACUCGAUACCCAUGGGAAAAAAAAAUGUGUGUAGGGAUAUGGUCUGAUGCUGGUGCAGAGUGAAGGGUGCACAGGUGUGAACAGGCAUCAGCUGUGUCCUGUUGGCUGCAGUGUGUGUUGUGAUGUGAACGAUCCACACACUCUCAGCAUGAGGUCAACCUGUUAAUCUGUGGGCGUGUCUUGUCUUAUCCAAGGCGUCCUCUCUGUGUGACCACGCCCAAUCAGCUGUUUCCUCAACUUCAGUCAAGUCAAAGGGGAACACUCUCUCUCUGCUCAGACCACUGUGUGUGUGUGCGUGUGUGUGUGUGUGAGACUCGGUGCCUGACACCGCUGCGAUCUAUCCUCGGAGUUCGAUUCCUAUUUGAAAUCCAGCAACACGUGGCGUCAUCAUGUCCCUAGCGGAUCUGCAGUGGUGUCCCACAAGCGUCCAGGUAACGGUGCUCCAAGCCCGAGGCCUCAGGGUGAAGGGGAAAGGCGGCACCAACGAUGCGUACGCGGUCAUGCAAGUGGGCAAGGAGAAGUACCAGACCUCGGUGGUGGAGAAGAGUGUAGCUCCGGUGUGGAGGGAGGAGGCCGCGUUCGACCUUCCGCCGCUGCUGCUGCUUCACCAGGGCGCAGGAGGAGCAGGUGGAGGAGGAGGAGGAGAGCGCGGCACGUUGCGCGUCCACGUCCUGCACCGGGCCCUGGUGGGUCCAGACAAACUGCUGGGACAGGCUGUCAUCAACCUGCUGCAGCUCAGUGAGGACAAAAGCCGCAGCAAGACCGAAUGGUUUAAGUUGCUGGACAAGACGGGCAAGGCAGACAAAGACAGAGGAGAGGUUUUUCUGGACAUCCAGUUCAUGAGGAACAACAUGACCGCCAGCAUGUUCGACCUCUCUGCUGCAGGAAAAUCCCGCUCCCGCCUGGGCAAGUUCAAGGACAAGGUUCGCGGCAAGAAGAAGGAAUCCGACGCUGCGUCUGGCGUGCUGCGAUCCUUCAGCCCGGUUCUGACGGACAGUGAGGGGGAGGCAAACGGAGAUGAGGAGGUGGCUGCGGGGAAGGAUGACAAAAAGAAGAAACAUAAAAUGAAAUCUUUGUUUUCUUCCAAGUCCAACCUGCAGAGGAACAUGUCUCAGUCCAUGUCUAUUCUACCCGCGAAGAACUCGUCGCUUAGUGGCAGCCAAUCGUCUGGUCUGAAUAUGGAUUCCUCUGAAGGUAAAAAGAAGUUCAAGUUCAAGAUUCACAAACGCUCGGGUAGCUCAGACGGCAAAGAUUCCUCCUCUAGUCACCAGAAAAAUGCUACUACAGAGCAGAGCAACUUGUGCAUCAAUGGCAGCCAUGUUUACUGUGAAGAGCCACAGAACCGCAUUUCUCGCAUCGGGUCAAACUUCAGUCUGGCCAGUUCAGGCCAUGGAUCCAUGGAAGACGUCCCUGAAAGCUCUCCUCCGUCAGUGGAGUCACUUCAGGCAAGGAGACUGGAAGAACAGGAAAAGACGAUAAUUGAGGAAGAAGAAAAAAGGCAAAGGGAGGAAGAAGAGAGAAUUAGGAAAGAGGAAGCGCAUAGGGCUAGGAAGGAAAAGGAAAAAUAUGAGAAAAUGGUAGAAGAGAAGAGGAAACUGGAGGAACAAGAGAGAAGACAAAAAGAGGAAGAGGAGAGAAUUAAACACGAAGAGGAAGAAAAAAUUAGGAUUGAGGAGGAGAGGAGGAGAAGAGAAGAGGAUGAAGACCGGGCAAAAAAGGAAGAAAUGGAAAGAUUGGAAGAGGAAAAGAGGAGACUAGAGGAACAAGAGAAGAGGAGGAUUGAAGAAGAAGGAAAAAGACAAAGGGAGGAAGAGGAGAGGAAGAGGAGGGUGGAGGAAGCUGGGAGGGAGAAAAGAGAGGAAGAGGCCAGAAAGCUUGAGAUGGAAAAGUUAACAGACGCAGAAGAACAGAAGAAAAAAGACAAUAAAACAAAGGAUGGACACAAAGCUCCUGGGAAGAAAUCCAAAGUGGCUGAGGAGAGUCCUGCAGGAGACACGUCCACUAACCCGUUUGAUGAGACCUGCUCAAAUAACGAGGACGUCCCAGACUCACCUGCUGCACCCGACAGCAGCCCCUCCAAAGUGUCAAAGGUCAAACAAGGAUAUACAGCUGCUGUGUCAUCAGUGGGAAGCGAGACUCGUUCCGCUGAUCAAAAGGACCUGAUUGGUGCUCAGCGGGACAAGCGACUGGCUCCUCAGCCUCCAAGGGGGAAUGUAUCUGAGAGUCAGAGGGAGCAAGAUGUUUCUAAACCACAUCAGACACAAAUGAACAAGCAGAGUAAUGACAAAGACGUCAAAACCGCAAGUGUUCUCCCUCAGCGUUCGGUGCAAGUAAUCACUCCCCUGAGUCAAUCCCACAAAGAUACGAAGAACUUCCAGAGCUCGAUGCAAACUAGUACCGCCAAAGGAACAGGAGGUGUGGCCAAACACAGUAAACGCCCUGCACCAUCUAGACCUUCAGAGAAAGAGGAGCUGUCGUCUAAACCGAAAAGCCUUUCCUCUUCCCUGGGAGGUGGCUCAGAGACAAAACAAGCCUCUGUCGUUUAUGGCUCAAAUCCAUUUGAAGACGACGAAGAUGAGCCCACAGCACAAGAUGAUACACCAUCACCCCCCGAUUCAGUACACUGGCCUCCAUCUGUGUCCCAGGAUGCCGCCUCUCAAGCUAAAUUCAAAUCCUCCAAAAUGGCCCGUGCUCCUCCACCUCCUGCACAGACGGUUCCAACAUCAAGCACUUUAGCGCAAGAAAACACAGACAGAGGUCACGUUACAGACCCUGCAGGUGUCGCUGCACCGGAUAAAGGUGCAAAGCAAACGCGUGCCCCGCAGCCAGAGGUCGUGACCCCUGCUUCUAUCAAGGACACUUCACUAAAAGAGCCGCAGCCUGCGAGAGCUCAAAGCACUGCAGAGGUGACGGGUGUGAAAAAGGAAGGGCCUCCUACGACGUCACGCAGGCUUCAGCCGGUAAAACCUCUUAAUCCUCCGGAACAGGAAUCUGCCCCCGUUGUUCAUUUGGAGAAAAAUAACUCCACAGAAAUUCUGAGUGAAGUUCAGGAUAAAACAAAGAUUCUCUCGCAGGUAAAUGACAGUGGGACCAAAGGUCCGUACUCCCAGCUCACUCAGGAGGAACUCAUCUCUCUGGUGCUGAAACAGGAGAAGCAGCUUUCUGAAAGAGACAAAACGAUAUCAGAGCUGGAGCUGUACAUCGACAACUUACUCGUGCGCGUCAUAGAAGAGAACCCCAGCAUCCUGAUGUCCUUGAGCUCUUUGAAGAGAACAGUGUAGGCGGAUUCAGACGUGACGCUUUCUUUUCCAUCUGUAUAAUUAAUGUAGACCUGAUCGACAACAGCUCCACAACAGUAAACUUCACCUAGAAAUAGUUGUGGAUUCUUUUCUGAAAGGUAGCAGGAGUAGAAGUUGAGGUUCAAGCCUUUUGUCAUAGUUCCAUAGAAGUAAUAAGUCCUUUUUCUAAAUAUGUCUUAAAAUGUGUUGACCCUUUUCUACAUUAUGUACAUGUCCAACUUUGUAACUUGUGUAUUUGUAAUAAUUAUUUUCAUGUUGAGCACAAAUUCUGUCUGGUAAUAAAACUUGAUAGAAGUCUAUUGUUGAUUACGAGACUUGAACAAAUUGUAUUCUGUCUGUUUUCUCUCGUCUGUUAGCUUGACGUUCGCUGGUGAUAUAUGUCCAGUGCACACAAGCCUUAUUUUGCUGUUAAUAUGGGCUUUUUAUGUAGAUAAAGUUUCUUGCUCUUGUACUGAAUGUCAAACGUAUAUGUGAUUCUGGUAACCUUAAAAGCACUUUAAUGAAGCUUAUAUUCUGUGAUGCUCUACUGUACUGAGGCUUCAUGCUAUCAAAAUAUGCAAAAUCAAUAAACCCAUGAUUAAACAACC